GAUCCGGACCGUGGCGCGGCGUAGGCGUCGAUCGGCAGGUAAGAAAUUAGGCAAUCCUACCUGCAUGUAAAUUGUAAGGCUGUAUCAUUAUAUGACGCUUAAAAUGUGACAUAAGCAUAUUCAUGGAUUUUGUUAGUGUGUCAGGGUUCUCUAAAGCACAAUAUUUACCAGGGCUAGCACUAUAUAAAAACGGGUGUUACUAGUUUAGAGCGCUAGCCAAGUUCUAGUAGGAUGGGGGGUCGGGUGUCCGGACACAUUAUAUUUUGAAGCCUUCUUUUUUGUCUUUGUAUUACACUAAAAAUAUGAAUUCAAUACUUGUAAUCAUCUUCUAUUUUGUUCUUUAUAAUAUUUCCUAACAUUUUGUACUAAAAAAUUAUGAAACUUCGCUUGUAAAUUUUUCCAAAUGACUUUCUAAAAUUGAUCGUCCGGACACACAACAACUGGGUAUACUCGACAGCUGGCAGCCGUCUGUUUUGAGGAGUUUUUUAACAUUUUUUUUUUUAAGUUCUCCUCAUACACAGACGGCUCGCUAGCGUGCAGCCACCAUUAGGGGACUUGCAAUGCAAAAUCCCCCCGUCGGGGCUCUUCAAUUUUUGUCUUUAAUCAAUAAAAAUUUUGAAAAUUAAUGCGACCAAAAUGCAAAUUGAUAUUCCCUCUUGGCAUUAAUUGCCAAGAAACGGAGAAAAAUCGAGUUAAAAGGAACAAAAACAGUGACUUACCUCGGCUGUCGCGCAAAUUCACUUCCCCGUUUUAUCCGAUCUUAAGUACAUAAACAUAUGGCCAUUGAGUCCCCUGCAUGUACAGAUCGCGCUAGAACUUCGGUCUCUGUAUUUGGUGAGUGAAGCCAACGGAGUUCAGCUGAACAACCAACAUAACAGAGACCGAAGCUUUUGGUCUAGGUAUACUACUACACUUCCGAGUUCUAGCCAUUCCGAUCGACCGCUCGCGCUCGCCGACGGCCGACCGGCUCCCUGGCCCUGGGGGGGGGGGGCGCAUGGCUCAUUUGCAUUGAUAGUGUGAUUUCAAGUUCAGUGUCGACCUUUUUAUUUGGAUGUUGGUCAAUUUUAUUGACUUUGUCUUUGUUCACAACGAGUGCACACACCGACACACGAGAAGAGAGGUUUUGAAGGAACGCCAUCCAUUACCAUCACCUACCCCACCCUCCCUCUCAUUUCUACCAUGGGUGAAGCGACCCCACCCCCAUUCUUCACUUGGGUAUCAAGCAACCUUGCAGCUCAUGGAAUGCCUUCCUUCCCCGACCAGAUGCGUUACCUUGCAGAUAAAGGUAUCCGUUACGUGGUGUCGUUGACAAGUGAAUGCCGUCCCCCUGUAGAGGCAACACCCAGUAUAACAUGGAUUCCUAUAGGUAUUGAUGACUUUCAUCCUCCAACGCUGGAGCAGGUGGCAGAAUUUAUUAGGGUGGUGGAAAAGGCAGAGAAAGAAAACAAGUCUGUUUCUGUUCAUUGCAUGCGUGGGAGGGGACGGACAGGGACCAUGGUUGCCUGCUAUUUCAUCAAAAUGCAAAACAUGUCCGCAGCCGAGGCAAUAGCUGAAGUGCGCCACCAACGUCCAGGCUCUAUAGAGACAGCAGAGCAGGAGGAUCUUAUAAGAGAAUAUUACGCAUUCAUCAAUAAACCAAGUAUAUGAAAUUGUACUCAGGUAAAACUUUAUAUAAAGCACAAACUAAGUCUAAGAGAAUGUAACUGAAAUUUACAGGGUAGGUGAUAUACAGUGCGUCCCAGAAAAAAAGAAAACUGGAUUCCCAUGUCUUUUUAAUUCAACUGCAAAUUAAUUAUAUUUCAUUUACAUAAUCAUAUAAUUCAUUUAUUCUCUUUUAUUUUGAUACCUAAUACGAGAUGAACACUUAACGCAUUAAUGAGCAAGACGAGUUUGAAAUUUUAAUGUCAAAACCAGGUUGCGCAGAGAGUUGGACAAGAUUGGUUAGUGAUACGAUGACUGUGCAUAUUUGAUGAUUGGCUCAUUAGCAUUUCUUUUGUAUUCUUUGUGAAGCUUUUCUCACUGAUCCCUGAAGUGAGAGUGUAUUCAGAGUCACACAUGAGUUUCUGCGCAAAUUGUAUCUGAUAUGCCUCAAUAUUUAUUGUUUCUAAUCUGCCAUGCUUGAAUGAUUUGCUAUGAGAAAUGAGAUUCCACUCUUGCCAUGAGUAUCAAAUUUGUAAUAAACACAUAUUUAAUGAUUGUGAAAUCUAUCUCUCAAAACUGGUUUCCUUUUUUGUGGGACGCACUGUGUAAUGGCAUGCACUUUUGAUAUUAGAGUGAUGUAUUUAUAUGUGUUGAUUGUUUAUGCAUGUUUUUUAUAGUGCUUGCACAAUAUGAAAUAUAAAACACCUAGUUUUUAACAACUCGAUGUGAUGUGACUCUAAGAGCCAAUAUUUUAAUAAAAGUUUUAUUGUACAUGAAUGUGAUUACCAGUAUGUAGAAUUUAAUACUUUUUAGAGAGUGAUUGUAAAACUAAUUUUUUAAUUAGAUACAUGGUAUUUAUAAUUUGGUAUUAUAAAAUGUUAGUGUAUUUUUAAAUUUGUAAUUUGGUGAGGGUUUUCUGUAUUUGUGUUUGAGUUUAGAAAACAGUUCAAGUUUAUUUUAUUGAUUUCAAAUCCAAACGUACAGUAAAAUAUUACAAUCAAAUCAUGAUGAUUUCCUGAACAAGGCAAAAUACUGGAAAAAGUACCUGUUGAAAAGAUUUGAUAUUUGCAGUUUUAUGUUAAGUAAUUUUUCUCGCCAUAAGUCUACGUUUUAGUAUGUAUUUUGUUUGUGAAUACUGCCUUCGAUCACUUUCAUUGAUUCAACAGCAAAGAUUUCUUUGCAAAUUUAUUGUAAUUUUUCUGUAAAGUUCCCCAAAACUUCUGAAAUCAAAUUGUUGAAUUACGGGUAAAGCAUCAUGUCAGUGCUAUGCAGGGUCGUACGCGUAAACUUUCUAUAAAAAAAUUGAAAGUGAGAGACCGAAGCGACCAAGCCUAUCAUUGGGGUGCUUUUACAUUUUAAAGUGAAAUUACCGACCGGUAUAAGAUUUCGUGCAUAAUUUUGGUGAAUUUUGUGAAAAGUAAUAAAAAAAUUUAAGUUUUCAGAAUUACUGGUGGGCAAUUGCCCCCCCCCCCUCGCUGCAUGUGGCCAUGGUGCUAUGGUGUAUUGAUCUGAAAUUACUGCACUCCCUGCACAACUUUUCUUUAUUGAAGCUCAAAUUUAUAUUUAAACAAAAUUGUUCAUUUCCAUUAUAUGUAUAGUUCAUUUCAUAGAAUGUAAAUUAAUCUAAAAACAUAUUAAUCUGACUUCACUGAUAUAGUAAACAUACAGGGUGCAUUUCAUGAAGUCUUUUGUCAGUGAUUGUAACCAAGUGAUGUUAUAAGCUACUGAAAUCCUUUCAUCUGAUUGGAUCAAACCAAAUCUAUCAGUGGCAAUCACUGUACAUGAAAUGCUACUUAGAUGGUUGUCUCUGAAAUCACAAUAAGAAUGUUGCUAUACAUGUAUGACAAACUACAUGUAUAUACUUUUUAACAACUCAAGAAUCGACUCAAACAACUCGUCCUGGCAAAAUGGUACCCAUUAUUACUUCCUUUACCAUCAUGCCAGCUCAUAUUUUUUACCUAUAUAUUAUAACACCUUUUAUUUCAAAUAGCAGGUGUUAUUAUUUUUUUAUCAUUCAUGUAAAAUUCCUCUGCAGAAACUAUUUCAUCUUGUCUUUUGUAGUUCCAUUGUAUUUGACCUGAUCAGGUGUGUAUGAAAUAAUCUCCUACCUCAGUAAUACAAGAUUGUAAUUGUCUUUAGGAUGUGUUUCAAAAUGAUGUUAGUGUUACUAAUAAUUCUCCCAGUUACGUGUGGUGUAAUGUAUUACUGCAUUGUCAGACCAUGUAAUGCUUAUGAGAUACUCACUACUGUGUGUCAGACAUUAGAUUAUGUCUUUGAGUGUCAUGUGCACAUGACACAUGACAUCUUUGUGAAACAAAUUUAGAUUUACAUGUACAUUUGAGAGAACAGUUGAUAAACAAGGCAAUAUCUUUCUGCCUCUUGUUGAUUUUCAUUAGAAAUGCAUUUAUGUAUUGACAUGUACACAGAUCAAGAGCGUAUCCAGCUUCAGAUCUUACAAGGCAUUUCAUGGCCCAAUUGUCUUGGGACAAUAGUGAUUCUAUUAUGCUUGUGCAUGGGCCCAUACAUUUCUUUGUCAUAGUUAAUGCUGGAUAUGCUAGUGCUGAUGAUGCAAUAAUUUAGUGUUUGUUCUGUAAUGUUUAGACAAUAGAUGGACUUUAAUUCAUUUUGUUGGAAAUUUUCAUACCACCUAAUACAAAUGUGGUGAUAUACAUUUAUAUAGAUCUGAAAUAUUGUUAAUGUUUAACAUGAAUUCACUGAUCAGCUUGAUUGUAAUGUUUAACAUGAAUUCACUGAUCAGCUUGAUUGUAAUGUUUAACAUGAAUUCACUGAUCAGCUUGAUUGUAAUGUUUAACAUGAAUUCACUGAUCAGCUUGAUUGUAAUGUUUAACAUGAAUUCACUGAUCAGCUUGAUUGUAAUGUUUAACAUGAAUUCACUGAUCAGCUUGAUUGUAAUGUUUAACAUGAAUUCACUGAUCAGCUUGAUUGUAAUGUUUGCUUUACAUGUCAAUCUUCUGAUACCCUACUACUAAAAUAUAAACCACAGAUUUUAUUUUAUUUGUUUGUUUCAUGAACAGCCAUUUUUUUUUUCUCCCAGGUUCAUGGGAGAAAAAAAAUCAUCUUGCUGAAUUGGCAGCAUUGUAAAGCCCAGCGCUCACUAUGCCAUCCGAUGCUAAAUGACUUUGUAAUAAAUCACAUUUCGCAUUAAAUGUGAAGGUUCCAAGAUGUAAACUUAUUUUAUUUGAAGCUCGGCAUUAUGUUAGGAAUAAUGAAAUCAUAAUUUUACAUUGCAGCAAGCCCUAUAGUGGAAGUAAAGUUCAAAUCGGCUUCUAGUCGCAGCCGAUGGCGUCACUGCCAUUUGAAAUUGAAUUUGCUUUUAUUCCUACGGGGUUUGAGGCUCGACUAGACUGAAUAUAUCAGUAGUCCUUAC